GUUCAUUUUCCAGACACCGAAAGAGCAGAAUGGCUAAAUAAGACCGUGAAGCACAUGUGGCCCUUUAUUUGUCAGUUUAUUGAGAAGCUCUUUCGGGAAACCAUAGAGCCAGCUGUGCGGGGAGCAAAUGCCCACCUCAGCACCUUCAGCUUCACCAGAGUGGACGUGGGUCAGCAGCCCCUUAGAGUCAAUGGUGUUAAGGUUUAUACUGAAAAUGUAGACAAAAGACAAAUUAUUCUGGACCUUCAGAUUAGUUUUGUAGGAAAUUGUGAGAUUGAUUUGGAGAUCAAACGAUAUUUCUGUAGAGCUGGUGUGAAAAGUAUUCAGAUUCAUGGGACAAUGCGAGUGAUCCUGGAGCCCCUGAUUGGAGACAUGCCUCUAGUGGGGGCACUGUCCAUCUUCUUCCUUAGGAAACCACUUUUAGAGAUUAACUGGACAGGACUGACUAAUCUCCUGGACAUCCCUGGACUGAAUGGCUUAUCUGACACUAUCAUCUUGGAUAUAAUAUCAAACUAUCUGGUGCUUCCUAAUCGCAUCACUGUCCCUCUUGUCAGUGAAGUUCAAAUAGCACAGUUGCGGUUUCCCAUACCAAAGGGUGUGCUACGGAUCCAUUUCAUCGAAGCUCAGGAUCUUCAGGGGAAAGACACCUACCUUAAAGGCCUUGUCAAGGGAAAGUCAGACCCCUACGGAAUCAUCCGGGUGGGCAACCAGAUCUUCCAGAGUAAGAUUAUCAAGGAGAACCUGAGUCCAAAAUGGAACGAGGUGUAUGAGGCUUUGGUCUAUGAGCACCCUGGACAAGAACUGGAGAUUGAACUCUUUGAUGAAGAUCCAGACAAGGAUGACUUCUUAGGAAGUCUUAUGAUUGAUCUUAUUGAAGUUGAGAAGGAGCGCCUUUUAGAUGAAUGGUUCACUCUGGACGAGGUGCCCAAAGGAAAGCUGCAUCUGAAGUUAGAGUGGCUCACGCUGAUGCCAGACGCGGCAAACUUGGACAAGGUGCUGGCAGACAUCAGAGCUGAUAAAGAUCAAGCUAUUGAUGGUCUUUCAUCCGCACUGCUCAUCUUGUAUUUGGAUUCUGCAAGGAACCUUCCGAUGAUAGUUCAUCCAUCCUGCUUGCAGAGUGGAAGUAAUAUCUUCUCCACUGGAUUAUCAGGGAAGAAAAUGAACAGCAACCCAAACCCUCUUGUCCAGAUGUCAGUCGGCCACAAGGCUCAAGAGAGUAAGAUUCGAUACAAAACUAGUGAGCCAGUGUGGGAGGAAAACUUCACUUUCUUCAUUCACAACCCCAAGCGCCAGGACCUGGAAGUUGAGGUCAAAGAUGAGCAGCAUCAGUGUUCUCUGGGGAGCCUGAGGAUCCCACUCAGCCAACUGCUUAUGAGUGACAACAUGACCAUAAACCAGCGGUUCCAUCUCAGCAACUCGGGUCCAAACAGCACUUUAAAAAUGAAGAUUGCCCUCCGGGUCCUCCAUCUUGAGAAGCAGGAAAGGCCUCCAGACUACCAGCACUCAGCCCAAGUGAAACGGCCGUCUGUCUCCAAAGAAGGGCGGAAAAUGCCGGUCAAGUCUCAGCCGUCCAUGUCUCCAGGCACCAGUGGCAGCAACACUGCUCCAUCAACACCAGGCAUGGGAGAAGAUAAGCCUGUCAGGGAGGAGAAGCCCCAGCCCCCAGAGGCCAGCCCUCUAGGACAUCGUGACCUAGGCAGGAGCUCUUCCAGCCUCUUGGCCUCUCCAAGCCACGUCUCAGCCAAGGAACCCACCCCAAGCAUUGCCUCAGACAUAUCACUGCCCAUUGCCACCCAGGAACUGAGGCAAAGGCUGCGCCAACUCGAAAAUGGGACCACCCUGGGACAGUCUCCCUUGGGGCAGAUCCAGCUGACCAUCCGGCACAGCUCCCAGAGGAACAAGCUCAUUGUGGUCGUGCACUCAUGCAGAAACCUCAUUGCCUUCUCAGAAGAUGGCUCUGAUCCGUAUGUCCGCAUGUACUUAUUGCCAGACAAGAGGAGGUCAGGGAGAAGGAAAACACACGUGGCAAAGAAAACACUAAACCCCGUGUUUGAUCAGAGCUUCGAUUUCAGUGUGUCGCUGCCUGAGGUGCAAAGGAGAACGCUGGACGUAGCUGUGAAGAACAGUGGUGGCUUCCUGUCCAAAGAUAAAGGGCUUCUUGGCAAAGUGCUGGUUGCUCUGGCAUCUGAAGAACUCGCCAAGGGCUGGACACAGUGGUAUGACCUCACAGAGGAUGGAACAAGGCCACAGGUGAUCACGUAGCCACGCUGGACAUAAGGCCUAUUUCUCAACGUGUAUCGAACCACCUCAACAUGGAACACACUUCUUGCAGAUGUACCAAUGCUAUUUUUAUAAUUUUAAGUAUUGAGUUAUACAUACCUUAAUAAUUUUAUAAAGCUGUUGGCACUGUAGGAAAAUUUGGCCAACAUUAUUGUUAAAUUCCCCCGUUGAGUUCCAGCACUUCACCAGGCACUGCGGAGUGCAGUGGUGCGGUGUGUCCCUGUGCCGUGUGGAGCUCUGUCAGCCACACCUGCUGGAAGCAGCGGGCACCUGCACUUGCUCACCAUGGCCUUGCCUUGCAUCCCGGAGGUGCACUACACCAUGUACAUAGACUCUGGAUUUUGUAAUAUCUACAUGCCGGCUUGGAUAAAGAAGAAAGUGUAUCAAGGAAAUACGUAUUUUCUUCUAAAAUGUAUUAAAUUCUGUGACCAAUAAUGAUUUUCAGCAAAAAGUUCUCAGAGAUCCAUUGUGUGAUAUGACUUUUUUAAGGGAAAAUGGAAAGAGUAUUAAAUAUUAGGAUAUUUAUGUCUAGUAUGAAUGAUAAAGUGUUCAAAUUAUUAACAUUAUUGUAAAUAGGAAGAUAAGAGUGAGAAGCCAGUGAAUGACUUAUUAAAAAGUGUGUAACUGAGUAAUAGACAAUACCAAGAGUAUUGUCAAAGCUCAUGAAUCACAGUAUACUCAUAUGAAGUUUAUUACAUAAGCAAGGAAUGUGCUGUUCAUUUGUAAUUGUUUGUUAUAACUGAUUGAUGAAAUGGUGCAGAGAUAGACACAUGCCAGGUGUGGUACCUCAUACCUGUAACCCCAGGAUGCAUGGGAGGCCAGUGCAGGAAGACCAGGAGUUAGAGGGCCUGCCUGGGCUGCACAGCAAACCUAUCUUGGGAAAAAGAAAUGCAUAGUUUAUACUUUGCCCAAAGCAUAGGAACUAACCUUGGUUAGGAGACAAGGUAUUGUCCAGAUUGGACGUAAGCCUGGUUUGUUUUGUCCGUGUUUCUAACCCCAUAAAGACAAGGUCUGUUGUUAGUAGAAAGUGGUGGUAGAACAAAUGGGUGAACACAAGGAGUAACAUGCUAACGACUGACACUGUGCUUGCUCUUGCUGGGAGGACCUGGCUCUGCCUCCAUCGCACAGAGCCUGCUGGGACCCCCACACAUAUGGGACCUCACACGACAAAGAGAGAGACCCUGCCCAGCGCCGGCAACAUCAGCUGUCAGUCUCGCCAGUUUCUGGAUAUCCUCAGCCUGUACCAUGUCAGGUCAUAACAUUGGGAUAGUAUUAUACGUCUUUUGUUUUAGAGUCCUUUUUUUUUCUCUUUAGAUUAUGAAAAACAUGUUUUACAUGUGUUGGAGUCCCCCGUCCCCCCCUUCAUCCCCCCCCAACCUCUUGUGAGGUGAGGCUAUAUCGCAGUGUUAUAAGCUAUGCAUGUCUGUAAACAAAGUAUGCACAAAUGGUUUUUGCAUAGACGUUUUCUAUGUGUGCAUUUUAACCUACAGGAGAAAAGGGCUUUCCGCCAUGAGAUCGUUUAAAACUAUGUACACUUACAGCAGGAAAAUGCAGCUUUGUAAUCAAAAUUGGAGUAGUUCCUUUCACUUGCUUCCUGGAACUAAACCACCCAUGGGAAGCUUAUCUGACUAAACCUUCCAAAGUGCCUAUGAUGAAUACAGAGUGUUCUGUUUCUACUCUCCUCCCGUCUGCAGAUGAGAGUGUGCCUCAGUUUGUAAUGUACCAUGGGUGCAUUUGUAACGGAGCCUGUGGCCAGAGUACUGUCACCCUCUGUCUGUUGACUCCUGCCUUUGAAUCCUGUUUAUAAAUCUUUCUAUUAGUGUGCAGGAUUGGUUUUCCUAGGAGAAAGUUGAUGUGUAUGUGGGUGGCAGUUUAGUCACAGGAAAAAGACAGGUAAUAUCUUAUUAAAACUAGUUGCUCCAUCAUGCUAUUAGAUUUUUUUUCCUGAAGUAUCUUUUCAGUUGGUCCACUGAAAGGGCUUCAGUCAUAAUCUAUAAAGGAGAUGUUCUCGCUGAAAUUGUAUCAUGUCAGUGGUUUUUCACCAACAACUUAAACAUCUUGGUUUUGUACCCACAUGCUUAAUCUGUUCAGUGUGUAUUUUAUUUAAGAGAAUACUUUUCUUAACAAUUAGGCAAAUUGAAUAUAUUUAAGGGUACAAUCCCCCAAUAAGUCCUCAGUAUGGCGCCCUCUGCUGCAGUCACAAACACUGGCACCGGUGAGUUCAGAUAUAGCCUCCCCACCUGCAUCAUCCCAGUCCCCCUAGCAGCUGUCUCCCUGCUCUUUGGAAAGGAGAAAGUCCAGUGAUACCAGCCAGCCUCCUGGUUGUAGUCCUGUGUCCUGCACGUGGAGAGCUGAGUUGCCAUCAAGUCACGUUCCAGUAUCCUGAAGAUAGAAGAUACUUUGAGUUCUCAAAAUGUUAACACUCAGUUUUUAAUGACUUAUCUAGGAAAAAAAAAAAAAAAAGAACUUUAAGUUUUCUACUUGGAACCAAACCAGUGAGGGGAAAUUAGUGAUUUGAAGUACAGCCCCACUAACUCACUCACGUGGUGGCUUAUCCUGUGCCUUAAAGUACCAAGGGAUUUUCACGUAUCAGGUGAAGACAAAAGCAGCCUAGCAGCUACCGUUACCACCACUUGUAUUCUGCACCCGAGAGUCCCUCUAUAGGCAGUCCUUAUGCAGAGGUCAGUCCUCAAGACAGUUUGGGAUUCUUUCAAAAACCCCAGGCAGAUGCAGAGAGCACAGGUUCCUGGAUGUGUAUUCUCUGGUUGCUGCAAUGACUGGUCCCAUCUGGAUUACCCACUGUAGAGGAGGACCACAGAGGAUUGGAUUUUCGGUUUUUUAAUCAUAGAAUGUGCUUUUUGCUUAAUUAAUUUUACAUAACAGCACAUGUAUUUAUUCAAUAAAACUUUUGUUAGCUCACUUGUAA